AUGAAGGAUUUCAUUAUUGAUCGUGAUGAAGUCAUGGUUAGUUUUGAUAUUUCUUCUCUUUUCACUAAUGUAACUAUUGAUGAAGCUUCAGAUGUUAUGAAAUCUAUCUUACAACAGGACGACAGUCUUCAGGAGAGAACAUCUCUAUGCCCAGACGACGUCAUAUUAUUACUCAAUACAUGCCUCACAUCUACCUAUUUUAGCUACAAGAAUCUAUUCUACCAACAGAAAGAAGGGACAGCUAUGGGAUCACCAGUAUCACCUAUCGUCGCUAACUUAUUUAUGGAAUAUUUUGAGCACUUAGCCCUCACCUCAGCCCCUUAUGUACCUCGUCUAUGGAAACGAUAUGUGGAUGACAUUUUUUGUAUUAUGAAGAAAUCACAAGUCAAUAGUUUUCUACAACAUCUCAAUAGUAUUCGUCCUUCAAUUAAAUUCAGUAUGGAGUUAGAAACAAAUGGUUGCCUCCCUUUCCUUGACACAUUAUUAUCAAGAAAGGAUGAUGGUUACCUCAACAUCACUGUAUAUAGAAAAUCUACUCAUACCGACCGGUACCUCAACUUUAACUCCCACCAUCCACAUCAUGUAAAGAAAGGACUUAUACGUUGUCUAUAUGAUAGAGCCAAGAAUGUCACCAUAUCCCCCAUAGACUUGAAACAAGAACAGCAUCAUCUUCUACAAGUAUUACAGCACAAUGGAUACCCCGCCAACUUUAUUCAUUCAACUCUACCUCCUUCACUUCAAUCUUCAUCUCUUUCAACUUCUACUCCAGAUACCUUCUGUGCAUCUAUAGUUCUACCCUACAUCUCAGGAUUGAGCGAGGAUAUUCGACGAAUAUGCAAAGGAUAUAAUAUUCGAGUAUCAUUUAAGUCAGGGAGGAAUCUUCGGAAUAUGUUAUGCAAAGUUAAACAUCCCAUACCUAAAGAACAUCAAUCACAUCUCAUUUAUCAAAUACCAUGUGCCUGUGGAAAGACAUAUAUUGGUGAGACAAAAAGGAGAUUAGCAACAAGACUAAAGGAACAUAAGGAACUUUGCAGAAAAAUGGAAAAUGAGAAAUCAGCAGUUGCCGAACACACAUGGUCGAAUCAAAAAUGUAAUAUGGAUUGGGAUGGUACACGUAUUCUAGCGCAUGCAUCUACUACAUUACAACUUAGGAUGAAAGAGGCAUUACACAUUCAACUUAACCAACAACAUCUACUUAUCAAUAGGGACGAGGGAAUGGAACUAUCAAAAUGUUGGGCAAGCCUCAUGAAGACUACAACAACAUAUCACUAG